AUUUAUAAUUCAAUUCAGUACAGUAGUUUCUUAAACAGACCAUGGCGUCUGCUCGGAUAUCGAGCUUGCUUAGGAAAAGUUCUUUGAUCGCGCCAGUUCAUAUUCGUUCCUUCUCUCUAGUAAACGGACAAUGUUCCAACGUCAAGAUCCUCACUGGAGAGACGAUGAAUCCAUUCGUAAAGCAGAUCGAAUAUGCCGUCAGAGGAGCGAUUGUAGAGCGCGCCUCAGCUUUGGAGAAAGAGCUAAUGAAGGGUGCACAGAAGCCUUUCAAGGAAGUUAUAAAAGCAAACAUUGGAGAUGCUCAUGCCCUUGGAAUGAAGCCACUUACUUUUCCCCGCCAGGUUAUUGCUAUGUGCGUGUGUCCAGAACUUCUGAACAGCCCUGAUAUACCGUCUGAUGCAAAAGAAAAAGCCAGAAAAAUACUGAGUCACACAAAGGGCUCCAGUAUGGGUAAGUUGUAUGUUAUUGCUAUGUGCGUGUGUCCAGAACUUCUGAACAGCCCUGAUAUACCGUCUGAUGCAAAAGAAAAAGCCAGAAAAAUACUGAGUCACACAAAGGGCUCCAGUAUGGGAGCUUACUCAGAUUCUCAAGGUCUGGAGGGUAUUCGAAAUAAUGUGGCUAAAUACAUCAGUGAUCGUGAUGGCUAUGCUUCCAAUCCUAGCCAUAUUUAUCUCACAAGUGGUGCUAGCGAGGCAAUUAGGGCAAUACUAAAAUUACUCCAGACAAGUGUCAACACUGGUAAUGGUAGAGCCGGCAUCAUGAUCCCAAUUCCGCAGUACCCCCUCUACUCAGCAACAUUGUCUGAAAUGAACUCCUACCAGAUAAACUAUUAUCUUGAUGAAGAUAAUGGAUGGAGCUUAGACAUGGAUGAGCUGAAGAGAUCUUUAAAUGAGGCAAGACCUCAUUGUGUUCCUCGUGCCUUGUGCGUCAUAAAUCCUGGCAAUCCAACAGGUCAAGUUCUGUCAUAUGACAACAUCCAGGACAUCAUAAAGUUUUGCAAGGCAGAGAAACUUGUUCUACUUGCAGAUGAGGUAUACCAGGCAAAUGUAUAUGGAGAGGGAAAGGAGUUCCACUCAUUCAAAAAGGUCUUACGAGAUCUGGGCCCUGAUUAUGAGGACUUUGAACUCAUUUCAUUCCAUUCUACAUCAAAAGGAUUUCUAGGAGAUAUUGAUUUUCAGAUUAAAUUUGUGGUUUCAGUGAAGGUCAUCAUAGUACUGGUGGUGACAGCAGCAAAGUUGACACCACAUGUAACCUUUGUGACCAAAAUAAUGUGUGAUAUACUUUCAACUGAUUUGUUAAAACAGGCAAUGAUGGACUGCUUAGUGAGCCCACCUCAACCUGGAGAUGAGUCUUAUGACACUUUUAUUAAAGAGAAAACAGCAGUUCUUCAGUCAUUCAAAGACAGAGCUAAAUUAGUUGCAGAGACAUUCAACUCAAUGGAUGGCUUUCAGUGCAAUGAAGUGAUGGGAGCCAUGUAUGCGUUUCCUCGAGUGUUUAUCCCUAGAAAAGCACAAGAAGAGGCCAAGUCCAAAGGUAUGCACCCUGACAGUUUUUACACACUGGAGUUACUGGAGAAGACUGGACUUUGUGUUGUACCAGGAAAUGGGUUUGGACAGAGGGAUGGAACUUUCCACUUUAGGCUGACAAUUUUACCUCCCAUUGAUGCCCUAAAACCUCUAUUUGAACGUUUUAAAGUCUUCCAUCAAGAUUUUAUGCGCAAGUACCGUGAUCCCAGCUCCACUCUUUAAAUUUGAAUGUUUCUGUGUUCUACCAAUUGUAAUCAUUUGUGUGGAAGAGGUGAAACUGUAUUUGCAUCAAGGAUUAGAAUCCGUUUACUGGAAUUUGAUCAAGCAAGCUGUAUUUUGCCAGCAUGGGUAUUUAGUAGAGUGCAAGCAGUUGAACAAGAAGUUAAAAAGGCAAGAGAGGGAGAUGGUGUUUUGCCAUUUUUGCCUCCCAUGAUCUGCUGAAGGGAGUGCACACUCACAACCUAGAGCCAGGAUCACCUACAGAUCAAUGGAUUUGAUGGACAUUGGUUAACAAUAAUAUAUCACAUUUUCAAUACACAGUCUGAUUGUUACAGGGUAAACCACCCUGGGUGGGGGGG